CGUUGCGCUCAGGCAGGAGAAUGAAUCGCAGCGCCACCGAGCCUGAAUCCGACGUAGUAGAAUGGAGCUGAGAAUAAUCAGAGUUACAUUGUAGCCAGAAACAAACCGAAUAUUGUUACAAUCUAACAGUUCCGUCGGAGGAAUAGGACACAGCAAUGCGAAGCCUGCGCUGAACAGCAGCGGCCGGGUGAGAAAGAGGUAGAAAGAUGGGCGCCGUGCUACGGACUCUGUUGUUAUGUAGUUUUUGUUUGCUAAUACGAGGUGUACCCCUCCUGCUGUACGCCAACCGGCGGGACCUGCGGCUGGUGGAUGCGGCUCACGGCAGGGCCAACGCCACGGUGGUGGUGGGCGGUCUGGAGGACGCUGCCGCUGUGGAUUACGUAUACGCUCAGGGAUUGGUCUACUGGAGUGACGUCAGCGAGGAGGCCAUCAAACGCACCACCUUCAACCAAUCAGGGCCCGGCACGGCGGCGGCGGCCCAGACCGUGGUUGUAUCGGGGCUGGCGUCUCCGGACGGCCUGGCCUGUGAUUGGUUAGGCAGGAAGCUGUACUGGACGGACUCCGAGACCAAUCGGAUAGAGGUGGCUGAGCUGGAUGGAUCGUUACGGAGAGUUCUGUUCUGGCAGGACCUGGACCAGCCCCGAGCCAUCUCUCUGGACCCGGGGAGAGGGUACAUGUACUGGACGGACUGGGGCGAGGUUCCUAAGAUCGAGCGAGCGGGGAUGGACGGUACAAGCAGAGCCAUGAUCAUUGAUAAGGAGAUCUAUUGGCCCAACGGUCUCACGCUGGACUACAGCCGGGAGAAACUGUACUGGGCGGACGCAAAGUUCAGCUUCAUACACCGCUCCAAUCUGGACGGCACUGGGAGGGAGGUGGUGGUUAAGGGAGACCUUCCUCACCCCUUCGCUCUGACGCUGUACGAGGAGACUCUCUUCUGGACGGACUGGAGCACUCAUUCCAUCCACUCGUGUCAGAAAGAGACCGGGGAGGAUCGGAGGGAGGUCCACUCGGACAUCUUCUCUCCCAUGGACAUACACGUCUACAGCCAGGAGAGACAGCCGCUACUGUCUUCACCGUGCUCCGUGAGGAACGGAGGGUGUUCCCAUCUGUGUCUCCUGUCUCCUGUUACUCCUUACUACCAGUGUGCCUGUCCCACCGGAGUCCAGCUGCUGGAGGACAGCAAGACCUGCAGAGACGGUCCCACUCAGCUCCUCCUCCUGGCCCGGCGGACUGACCUGCGCCGCAUCUCCCUGGAUACGCCCGACUUUACCGACAUCAUCCUCCAGACGGACGACAUCCGCCACGCCAUCGCCAUCGACUACGACCCGGUGGACGGACACAUCUAUUGGACGGACGACGAGGUCAGGGCCAUCAGGAGGUCCUACUUGGACGGUUCUGACGCUCAGUUCAUCGUCACCUCACAGGUGAACCACCCCGACGGCAUCGCGGUGGACUGGAUCGCCCGGAACCUGUACUGGACGGACACGGGAACGGACCGCAUCGAGGUGACACGCCUCAACGGAACCAUGCGGAAGAUCUUGAUAUCAGAGGACCUGGACGAACCACGAGCCAUCGUACUGGAUCCUGUCGCUGGGUAACCACGGUCUCUAUACUAACCCCUAACCCCUAGCCAUCGUACUGGAUCCUGUCGCUGGGUAACUGCUGUCUCUAUACUAACCCCUACACCCUAACCCCUAACCAUCGUACUGGAUCCUGUCGCUGGGUAACUACGGUCUCUAUACUAACCCCUACACCCUAACCCCUAACCAUCGUACUGGAUCCUGUCGCUGGGUAACUGCUGUCUCUAUACUAACCCCUACACCCUAACCCCUAACCAUCGUACUGGAUCCUGUCGCUGGGUAACUGCUGUCUCUAUACUAACCCCUAGCCAUCGUACUGGAUCCUGUCGCUGGGUAACUGCUGUCUCUAUACUAACCCCUACACCCUAACCCCUAGCCAUCGUACUGGAUCCUGUCGCUGGGUAACUGCUGUCUCUAUACUAACCCCUACACCCUAACCCCUAACCAUCGUACUGGAUCCUGUCGCUGGGUAACUGCUGUCUCUAUACUAACCCCUACACCCAAACCCCUAACCAUCGUACUGGAUCCUGUCGCUGGGUAACUGCUGUCUCUAUACUAACCCCUACACCCUAACCCCUAACCAUCGUACUGGAUCCUGUCGCUGGGUAACUGCUGUCUCUAUACUAACC